AUGAUGAGCACCACCCGUCGGUUUGUUUAUCUGUUGCUGGAGGAGUUUGGCCGCCGCCGCAGCAACUACACGCUGCGCAACAUUGACAUGGACCGCUUCUUCCUGCCACGUCCAACCCCGGUGGUGCCAUCCGUGGCGUCGGCCGUCGCCGCCGACGCGGUGGAGUAUGCUAGCCUGCCAUGCCCAGCCAUGACCUUCUACCCUCCCUUCUCCACGUUGUUUGGGAACCAGAAGAUGGAGUUCCUCCUCCUUGGAGGCAAUCACAACAACGCGGUGGUCGCCGUCGACCAGACUUGCCGCACCGUCCUCUAUGACCCCGGCGAGCACGCCGUCCGCACCAUGCCCGCACUUCCCUACCAAGUCAGGUUGCUUACCACUUCCGUCACCGUUGGGGACGACCUCUAUAUCCUUGACACGUCGCGCCGCCAUGUCAACGACGACGGCGGUGGAAACGUCCCCUGCGGCUGCUUCUAUGGGCUCAUCUACGAGGAUGGAUUAAAUGAGGAUUGGCGAUGCCACGCUCUCCCCCCGCCGCCGCCGCCGCUGUCUCACAAGUCCGAUUUGCAUGUCCACUCGUACGCUGUGGUUGGUGACAUGGAGAUCUGGAUGUCAUCCACGCACGGCAGUGGCAUCUACUGCUUUGACACAGUGAGCCAUGUGUGGAGCACAGUGGCCACUGGCUGGAAGCUGCCAUUUGUUGGUCUCGCCGAGUAUUGCCAUGAGCACGGCCUUUGGUUUGGCCUCUCAUGCAGCACUGGAGACAGGAGGAGGAGCUUGGUCCUCUCCGCUCUGGAUCUCGAUGGCACCAAGCUGCCGGUGCUUCACAGCCUUCCUCUGGAGUUCACGCCACCCGACGCCCUCCAGCUUGUCAGCUCAUACCUCGUAAACCUAGGAGCCGCCAAGUUCUGCAUUGCCAGGUUCUUUCAGACCGAUGAGGAUCAGCGUGAUGGCGAGGAGCUGUUCGCUGUGUUAACCGCCGUCGAGGUGGAGCGCUGCGAUGACGACGACGAUGCUGGUGGUGCCAAUGGAGGAGGGCUCCGCAUGCUGAAGCACAGGUCUGAGAUGUACAAGCUCACCAGCGAAAUGAUGUAUUGGGUGCUUUAG